AUGAGCAGUGGUAACGAUGAGAUGCUCUUAGUAGGAGCCGAUGAGAAGGCCAAGGAUCGCAGCAGCCGAAGGGACAGAAAAAGCGGAACGAGCAGCCGCAGAGACAAAGAUCGUGAUAGAGUUAAUAAGGAUCGUGAUAGAGGCAACAAGGAUCGUGAUAAGGAAAGACGAAGUAAGGGCUCAAAGAAAUCCAGAAGCAGCGAUAAGAGCAGCAACAGUAGAAGUCAUCGCUCUUCUAGUACUCGAUCUCCAACCAGAAACAGCAACAAGGAAAGAACCACAAGCAGCAACGACAAAUUGAUAUUUGGUUCUGAUCAAGAUGCCAAGGCCAAGGCAAAAGCAGCUAGCGGAGGACAGAGAGCUGUCAAGCCAGGUGUGGAACGAACCACAACAGAUAACAACUGUGACAACUUGCUCUUUGGUACUGAUCAAGAUUCCAAAGCCAAGGCAAAAGCUGCUAAACAGGGACGAGCUGUCAAGCCAGGUGUGGAACGCACAACAGCAGACAACAACAGUGACACCUUGCUUUUUGGUACUGAUAAAGAUGCCAAGACAAAGGCAAAAGCUUCCGGAGCAGGAAGAGCUAUCACGCCUGGUGUCGUGGCACACCAUCAUGUUGAAGAAUCAGAAGCUUCCAGAAAUGAUCGUUCUUCUCGGCCUUCUCGUGCCACCGGUAUUGCGGCCAUAGCUACAGUUGGUGAUAUUGACUCCCUGGCUAUUCCCAAUGAUCCAUUGGAAACGGCUGGACCUGAAGAAACGUCCAAAAAGAGAAAGUCCAAACAAGAAAAGAAUGAAGAAGAGUCCAAGAAGAAGAAGAGAUGGAUCAUGAUUUGUCUCUGCCUGUUGUUCCUUAUCAUCGCCAUUGUGGUUGGCGUCAUCUUUGGGACGCGUGGAAGCAAUGAUGAUGAUAUCAGCACAACAUCUGAAUCUCCUACUGGCGCUCCUUCCGUUGUUCAACUCUAUGAUCCACCAAGCACUGAGGACUGCGUUAUCGUUGCUCAAAACCGUACCACGUCUGCACAAAGAGAAGAACUAGAUCAAUUUGACUUUGGUCUCACUGUUGAAGUCACUUUGGACACCCAAGAUGAUAUGACCGAGAACGAAAUAACUGCUCUCUCUGAGGCGAUUCAAAAGAAGCUUGUUCCUCUGUUGCUUGGAUGUCCCGGUGUUGUAAGUCGGCGCAUUUUGGGACAGGAAGGUGGACCUUCGACGAUCCGAGGAGUCAUUCAGAACCAAAGGUCUCUUGCCAUUGGUGGUCUGCUUGGUGAAAACCGCUUUGUGAUUGCAGAUGCUUUUGUAUGGGGGAGUAAGAUGGAAGGAGCCUGCUCGGAAGCAAAUUCAUCUGCACAAUGUCACAAAGUUUUUGUGGAACUCUCCGUUUUCUUGAAGGGGGAUAUUCGGCUGUUGGAUGUUAUUGAUUUGCUCUACGAAGUCGAGGGUGAACUGAAAGCGAACAAUGAAGAGAAUGAUAAUAACUUGAAGGAUCCAUUGGAAAUGGGAUCCCCAUUCCUUGUGGUACGGUUGGCUGAGGGAAAGAGUAUAAGCCUCCUGACACCCACAGCAGCCCCAUCGCAACUUGCAAGCAGCUCGCCCUCGGCUGUCCCAUCGUUGACUCCAUCGAAUCUAGGUCCGAUGGAGCCUACAGCUGCCUUACCCACAAUAAUGCCAGUUGUGGGAGGUACUCCGUUGCCAACAGACAAAGAAGGAGAAGGUGGAGGAGAAGAUAAUCUUCAGCCGACAGAAAUGCCUGUUGAUGGAUCGUCUCCAAGUUCCGCUCCGUCCCAAUCGCCAUCCAAGUCUCCUUCCGAGUCUCCUUCCGAGAUUCCAUCCUUGGCUCCCGCAUCUGGUCCAACGCCCCCCCCAACACCAGGUCCAACUGGAUUCCCUUCCGUUACUCCAAGCCUGCAGCCUUCAUCCAAACCAACAUUGUCACCAACAUUGGCUCCAGUGGCUGGCCCAUCGCCUCCGCCAACAAGCUCUCCAACCAUAGCACCAACCGUUUCACCAACCCCGCCUCCAACAGUUACCGCAAGCAAAGCGCCAACGUCCAAAGCGCCAACGUCAAAGCCAACUAGCCAGCCUACCAUGAGUCCAUCUUCCAAUCCAUCACCGCCGCCAACCAAGAAUCCAUCUCCAGCGCCAUCAGCCAAACCAAGCAUGGUUGCAUCUGCCCUCCCGACGAUGAAGCCGAGCAUGCUUCCUUCCGUUUCCCCAUCUAUGAAGCCGUCGAAAUCCACAGCAUGCUUUGAAACCAAUGAUGAGCUCCGUAAUGCAGUUGACAUCUUACUUAGCUCUAACUUGCGGCCGGGAAUUUCGCAGGGAAAAAAGGAAAAUGUCAAGGCCCGAUAUGGGCCGAUCGGAGACUGGUGUUUUGAAGCCACUGUGACCAGUAUGGAAAACCUCUUCAAGGAUAGAGGUGCAUUCAAUGAAGACAUUUCGAAGUGGGACGUUUCUACUAUGACCAACAUGGCCGGAAUGUUCAGCAAUGCGGUCACACUUUUUAAUGGUGCUUCAAACUUCAACCAAGACCUGUCAUCAUGGGACGUUUCAUCUGUGACCGACAUGAGUGGAAUUUUCCAAGGUACAUUCUCUUUCAACCAAGACCUGUCAUCAUGGGACGUUUCAUCUGUGACCAACAUGAGUGGAAUGUUCCGAGGUGCAUUAUCUUUCAACCAAGACCUGUCAUCAUGGAACGUUUCAUCUGUGACUGACAUGAGUGGAAUACUUGGUCGUGCAUCGUCCUUCAAUCAAAAUCUUUGUUCAUGGGGCUCACGGCUUCCGAGUAAUGAUGUGAGUGGUAAUUUUGCAUUUGUUGGCGCCAUUAGCUGCCCGUCACAAUCCAAUCCAAACCUCUCGUCGAAUCCGCGUGGUCCAUUUUGUCAUCGGUGUUCAAAUAGGUAG